CCGUCGCCUCCUCCGCCUGCGAGCGGUCCUGCGUAAGCGGGCAGGGGCGGGCUGGCGGUGUCGGUGCUGCCACGUCUUGGCGGCGGCUCGCGGAGCGGCGGCCUUGCGGGAGACUGUAGCGCCGGAGGUGGAGGAGGUGGGGCUGCCGCUGAAGCCGGAUGUGGAUCUAGUGCUGUGUACCCGGGUGGGUGAGAAUCCGACGGGCUUGGAGAGGACCGCCGACUGCAGGUUUCUACGGACCUUACUGCAAAGAUGAAACCUGAUGAAACACCUAUGUUUGACCCAAGUCUACUCAAAGAAGUGGAUUGGAGUCAGAAUACAGCUACAUUUUCUCCAGCCAUUUCCCCAACACAUCCUGGAGAAGGUUUGGUUUUGAGGCCUCUUUGUACUGCUGAUUUAAAUAGAGGUUUUUUUAAGCUACUAGGUCAGCUGACAGAGACUGGAGUUGUCAACCCGGAACAAUUUAUGAAAUCUUUUGAGCACAUGAAGAAAUCUGGGGAUUAUUAUGUUACAGUUGUGGAAGAUGUAACUUUAGGACAGAUAGUUGCUACAGCGACUCUGAUAAUAGAACAUAAAUUCAUCCAUUCCUGUGCUAAGAGAGGAAGAGUAGAAGACGUUGUUGUUAGUGAUGAAUGCAGAGGAAAGCAGCUUGGCAAAUUGUUAUUAUCAACCCUUACUUUGCUAAGCAAGAAGCUGAACUGUUAUAAGAUUACCCUUGAAUGUCUACCACAAAACGCUGGUUUCUAUAAAAAGUUUGGAUAUACAGUAUCUGAAGAAAACUACAUGUGUCAGAGGUUUCUAAAGUAAAACCUUUUAAGAAAGACAUCUGUCAAAGGAGCUGAUGCAACAAGGCUACUCUCUUCCUAGAGUUAAAAUAUUUUGUUGCUGCAACCCAGUGACCUCCAUAAAUACUGGAUAGAAAAAAACACUGUAAUACAAGUAUAAUGACAUUUAGAAGAUUACUUUGGGCUGGUGAGACAUGCUGAGUUUAGAUUACAGAUGAAAUUAUUAAGGGGAUGAUUUUUAACCAAAGGAGUAUAUUUUUAACUUGAAUCUUUUCUUGCAUUGUAUUUUUCUAAAGUUUGGCUUUAUUUCUUAGUAGUCAGUAUAGGUAGUACGAAGUUAUAUGUCUGCUAUCUGUACUGCUCAUUAAAAAAAAAAAAGCAUACCGUGAAUAAGGCUGUUUCUUAUCACAUUCAUAAAAUUAAUAUUUUUUUUCAAAGAAAUGUAUCUAAAUACCACUUAGGGGUGUAUCAUUUCACAUAUAUUACGUGAAAUUGGAUGUUAGAUAUAUUAUAACUAAAUGUAGUUCAGUCCAACAUUUGCUGAUCCUAAUACUAUACUGGCAAACAACCUGGUGAGCCUUUAAAAUAAGGAGAAAUGAAAAUUAACUUCUUAUAAAAUGUGACAAUUUAAAUGUACAUCUAAAAGUUGAUAUAAUUCUAAUGUAGCUGAAGUACCACCUGUCUUACAUGUGAAAUAUAAUAAUUAUUCAUUUGUUUAAAAUAUCUAAGAGAAAUAUAAGGUACUUUUUAACAGUGAAUUAGUAAAUCCUGGCAUAUUACGUAUUUCUAAGCUGAUUUCUCAUUUUUCCAGGGGUGCCUCUCUUCUGAGUAACAUUUUUAUGAAAAUGGAUUACAAAAUUGAGUGGAGUAUUUUAAAAUGUAUCAUACUGCAUUUAUUACAUUCUUAAAAUGUUGAUGGAGGCUUUUCUAUUUAAUGUGAUUAUAAUGGUACUAUUAUUCUGGUCACUAUCCUAUUUUGAUUUUAUUUAUUUUAAUUUUUUUUAAGUUGAAAUAAGAAUUAGAUACUUCACUACUGGUUCGAAUCUUUUACGUUUCAUGUUACAUUAAACCUGUUCAUAUGAAUAGUCUUUUGUUAGAA